UAAACUCAAAUAAUUUAUAUGAGUAUAUAAUAAUAUUACAUAUUAUAUAUGAUAUAAUAAUUAGUGCGCGUCUUCAAAAUAACAGAAGUCGAUUGGAAAACGUCCAAAAAAUAUUCAUUAGCAGAUAACCUUUUUUUUGUUCAAUGUGAAAAAAUUUUCAUUCUACUGAAGUGAUUGAUGUAACACUUUAAUUUUUUAUUCACAGCAAUCAGUAUUUGAGGAUCAAAGACUACAACCAGGACAAAUAUAUAAUCACAAAAGAACUCAGGAUACAAAUAUAGUAUUUUUCGACAAUAUACGAAUUGAUGAUUUAAUUUAAUGAGCCGGUAGUAGAGAAGUGAAUCAUUUUAUUGAUGACGAUUGUUUCGUACACACCAUUUACGUUUUUUAUUCUAUUACAGACAUUAAUAUAUUUAUCGUCCCCGGCAAGUAAAACUUGAUAAGACACUGCUCUAUAUUUAUAUACAUUUGUGUGUGUUGUACAUAAGUUAAAAUAACAAGUUUUAUUCAAUUAAAAAAAAAUAUAUAUAUAUACAUAUACAUAUAUCUAUAAUUGAUAUAAUUUACGGCUACCAGUGUGCUUUGUAUUAUUCUUCGUGUAACAUGUAUAUUAUGUAAUUUUAGUUUUAAGAAAUGCUAUGGUGGACAUAAAUUGUGCACGUGAGAGCUACUCGAUAUUGUAUGACGGGUGGCAUUUUUCUAAGAUGACAGAUUCAUCAUCUUCGCCUUCAUCGGCUUUUAUCAAUAUUAUCACCAAUAUUUUUACUGUUGUAAAAGCCGUACUUCGCAUUGGAUUUGUUAUUCUUAAUAAUAUUUAUUGUAUACCAACGUAUGUAAUAUGGAUGAUGUUGUUAUCCCCUGUAAAAUUAUUUCAACCAGGAAUUUAUUGGCGAAUCGAGGGUCUUUUUUUCCACUGGUUACUAGCGAUGGUAUCCAUGUGGUCUUGGUCAGCCGGUUAUGACAUCAUUGAACAUGGUGACGAUUUACAACCAAUCAUAAAUGACAGAACACUAGUCAUUGCAAAUCAUCAAAGUACUGGCGAUGUUCCGAUGUUGAUGGCUGUUUUUAAUUCCAAGCCAAAUGUUUUACCAAAUUUAAUGUGGAUAAUGGAUCGUAUAUUUAAAUUUACAAAUUUUGGAAUUGUCUCAUUGUUACAUCGAGAUUUCUUUAUUUCUUCGGGUCGUAAACGAAGAGAAGAAAGUCUUAAACAAUUAGAGUUACAUUUGGAUAACUCAUAUAUACCACUUGAAAGAAAGUGGAUAGUACUUUUUCCGGAAGGUGGUUUUCUGUGUAAAAGACGAGAAACUUCCCAAAAAUAUGCAAAAAAAAAUAAUUUACCAAUAUUAGAAAAUGUGACUCUACCAAGAGUGGGUGCUAUGCGAACAAUAUUUGAUAAACUUGGCCCCGUUUUAAACAACGAUCCUUCUGAGAACCAGCUGAACGCUAGAUCAAAUGUGGGUCUAAAUAAACCGGAAAUUCGUUGGGUUUUGGAUAUAACAGUUGCAUAUCCUCAGGGUAAACCGAUCGAUUUACCAACAAUCAUUACGGGGUCGAGGCCGCCCUGUGAAACCGUCCUUUUUUAUCGAUUAUUUCCAAGUUCUGUAGUUCCUAAAGAUCCCGAUUUAUUGUCUAAGUGGUUGUAUGACAGAUGGGCAGAAAAAGAAACAUUGUUAGAUAAUUUUUACAAGUAUGGAUCAUUUGUGGGUUCGUCUGAUUCUUCUCACGAAGGGUCGAAAAUUCAACAAGAUCCUCUUCGAUAUUUAGUGCUUCAUCUAUUUUUUAUAACAUCUAGCUAUAUUCACUAUCACAUGUUUUCUUAUGUAUUGUCGUGCAUUUGGUGAAAUUGAUUUUAUUUAUUAUACAUCACCAGUCUACCAUUUCACUAAUCAUUAUGACUAUCAUCAUCAAAUUCCGUCAAAAAUUAUCACAUUUUCGCACGAUUGAAAAAUCUCACUGCAGAAAUAUAUUUAUUGUUUAGGGUUAUUAAUUUGUGAUAAACUAAAAGGAAAGAACAAAGAUAGAUGAAAGAGAAAGAGGAAAUAUUUUUUAAGCACAUAAUUUAUCGCAAGAACAUAGAAUUUUAUACGUCCGAAUAUCCAUGUUUCUGGGGUGUAAAUUUUAUAUAAUAUUAAAAUAUAUACGUAUGUAUGCAUGUAUAUAAACUAAUAUUUAUCGAAAUUAAUAAUUUAAAAAUAAUCUGAAUCUCGUUACGGGAUAAAAGUAUAAAUCUAUAGUAAUUUUUUCUUAUUGGAUAUUUUGUUAAUUUUUUCAAUUUUAUAUUAAAUACUUCAAUUUCAUAAUGAAUUGCUCCACAAAGAAGAUACCUUUGUAGUUUUUUGCUAAAUAAAAAAGAAGGAGUCAUUUAAAGUUUAAUAAAUAAUAAUUUUAUAUCAAUGGUCAACAUCAAAUGAUAGUUAUUAAAUUAUUUAAUGUAAAGAAUUUAGUUACGCAAAAUUCCAAUUUCUAAGUUAUAUUCGAUAUCUGCUAUGAUCCAAUAAAAUUUGAAAUCAAAGCUUCCAUAAUAUUGAAAAAUUAAUCACCAUACUUAAAGGCGCCUUAAUAUGCAUUUUUUAAAUCAGUAUUUUUGAUUUUGUUUCAUAAAAAACGAGAAGUCCAAAUAUUCAGAACCAUGAAUAGUUUAUUAACAAUUAAAAGUAUAACAUCUUGAGUAUAUAACUGUAUGGAUUAUAGUUAUUUCUAUAUCAAAGUCGUACUUUGAUGAACAAUUUUUGAAAUUCUUCAGUUUUCAAUGCUAUUUAUUGACAUUCUUAACUUGGCCGUCCAUUUUUAUACAAUUUUUAAAGGGUUUAAUCUUUCUUUUACGAAAAUUGGAUAUUAACAAAUCAUUGAUUUUAAUUCAAAGUAGAUAAAACUUUUUGUAACCAAGAACUGUAUGUCGUCAGUAUUGAUUAAAAUUUUCUAUUAUUUUAUUGUUCUUUUUAUCACAAAUGUUUUGAAUUUUUUAUUACCUGUUUUUGAUACUUAUCAUGAAAACCGAUAAAUUAUCCAAGUAUUAUAACUCAGUCACAGUUCAAUAAAAAAUAAUUUACAAGGCAGUAAAUUUCCAAUUAUUUAUAGUUACUAUAACAAUAAAGGCGCCUGAAGUAUUUUAUCAAAAAAUAAAUCAAAAUAACUUUUAAAAAAAAAAAAAAUUUUUUUUUCUUCACAUAAACUUAUCAAAGUCUGUAGAAGUUAUACUGUACACAGAAGUGUUUUUUUGUUUGUAUUUGAAAAGUGAUCAUCUUCAUUAACGUUUAUUUUCAAUUAGUGAUUUAUUUAAGAUACUAACAUUUAAAUUAAAUUUUUUAAUUACUUGUAAGAAUAAUAAAAAAAGAUUGGAGUAUGAGAAAACGACACUAUAUGUUAUUAAAACUUGCCAAUUGUUAUACAAUUUGCCGUCUAGUCCAUUACACUAAUAUAAAUUUCUUCUAUAAUUAUGACAAUUGUUUUUAUAAUUAUGCAAAAAAAGUAAUUUUUGUGCUAUUAUAUCACAUUGUAAUCAUGUAUAAAUUUUUGUAACGUUAUUUUACAAUCUAAUUUUUAUAUCAUCCAUCACCAAUGUAUUAUUAAAAAUUUAUUGUAAGUAGUGAAAUUUUUUCAGUAUGUAAUUCGACAGCCUGAUAUAUAUGAUUAAAACAUA